CGGAGCCGAGAAACCGAAAGAGAAAGCAGGCUGGGCGCAGAGCGCCGGGAUGAAGCCUCAGUUGGCCAGCCUCUUACUCCUGUGUUGUUGCUGUUUUCGCCGCGGGGUCGCCAGGACCUGGUCUUGGAGCCACCAGCGGGAGGCAGCCGCCUUGCGGGAAAGCCUUAAUAGACACCGAUACUUGAACUCUUUUCCUCAAGAAAACUCCACUGCCUUCUAUGGAGUAAAUCAGUUUUCUUAUUUGUUUCCUGAAGAGUUUAAAGCUUUGUAUUUAGGCAGCAAACCUGCCUGGGCUCCCAGAUACCCAGCAGAAGGACAGAGACCUAUCCCCAAUGUGUCUUUGCCAUUGAGAUUUGACUGGAGGGACAAGCAUGUUGUGAGUCAAGUAAGGAACCAGAAGAUGUGUGGAGGAUGCUGGGCCUUCAGCGUGGUGAGUGCAAUAGAGUCAGCUUGUGCAAUCCAAGGGAAACCUCUGGAUUACCUGAGCGUGCAGCAGGUCAUCGACUGCUCCUUUAAUAAUUCUGGCUGCCACGGUGGCUCUCCUGUCAGUGCCUUGAGCUGGCUAAAUGAGACACAGUUGAAGUUGGUGGCAGAUUCACAGUACCCAUUCAAGGCAGAAAAUGGCCUGUGUCGCUACUUUCCUCAAUCACAAUCUGGAGUUUCAGUCAAGGAUUUUUCUGCAUAUGAUUUCAGUGACCAAGAGGACAAAAUGGCCAGAGCACUUCUGUCCUUUGGCCCUUUGGUGGUGAUAGUUGAUGCGGUGAGCUGGCAGGAUUAUCUGGGGGGCAUUAUCCAACAUCACUGCUCCAGUGGGGAGGCAAACCACGCCGUUCUCAUCACAGGCUUUGAUAAGACAGGAAAUAUUCCAUAUUGGAUGGUGCGAAACUCCUGGGGAACUUCCUGGGGAGUAGAAGGCUAUGCCCACGUGAAAAUGGGAGGUAAUGUUUGUGGCAUUGCAGACUCUGUCGCUGCUGUCUUUGUGUGAUCAUGAAAUGUCUUGGAUUCCCCAUGAGACAACUACUAAAAUGGUGCACUUCAUAGACUGAUCUAACAUAAUACUCAACUCUCAACAUUAUGCACCAUCAAGUUCCAACAACUUGUCUGCAGAGAGGUUCUAAGAGCAAACUUGCAUUUUGUAAAGCAACCUAGGACAGUCUAUUUUUCGCAGAGAGAUGGACAGCCAAAGUUCAUAGGAAAUCUCCAGCACUUUGACUGAUCAACGGACUCUGUGGGAUAGUGUGCACUUCUGAGAGUUUGGUGGGAUCAGAAGUCACAUAGUGUCCUCCAUCUGGAAGUGGUUGGGAUUUCUGCUUGCUUGUUGUCUUUCUGGCUGUCUAUUUUAAUGUAGUACUUUGGUCAGGUUGAAUCGAAGAAAUGAUGAGACUUUGUUAUCCUUUGUGACUUAUAAUCACCAGUCUUAGAUUACCUCAUCUACAAGAACUCUCAACCUGAUGCAAUAUGUACCUCACAAUUAGAAUGGCCUUCUGAAAUGGAGUUCCAUGCGGACAGAUUUGGAAUAUCAGUUGUUUUAUCUCAGCAAAUGGAACUUACUCUAGCCAGUAGACCAUAUGUACACAAAGAAGAAACAACUAUGCACAAAGAGCAUCCCGUCUUCAGAGAGACAAUCCAACUGGAGUUAAAUAAACACGUGACAAUGGUGUGACAAGGAGUACACUAUUCCACUUCCAGGGAGUCAUAAUGACUAUAAAGCUUCACUGUCAAGCACCCAAAAUGUUUAGCUUCUUGCCUCCUUCCCUCUGCCGUAGAGAAUGAAGUAUUGUCCACAUUUAUUCCCUCUCUUGUCCUUUAUGGUACAAUUUCUAUGGUUUCCUGGUGGUUCACCUUCCAUUCCAAAGUAACUCAGUGCUCUUGGUUAUAUUCCAUUUCUGUUACCCAAUCUCUUGUUUAAAAAAAUAAUAAUCUCUGACUUGGGCUCACAUUGCUCCUUGUCUCUGUCCUUCAUUAGAAUACCAACAUCAAGAACAAACCUCCUUACUCUUUUGUCUGUACCAGUGAGAAGCAAUCUCCAAUGUGCAGAUCGUGGAGUGUAAAGAAGUGGCAGAAGACAGUUCUUAACAUUUUGAAUAGAGUAGUCUAAUUAUCAAAGGAAUCCAGAAAGGAGUUUAGUUCAGCUAUAGUUUUUCUUAAUGACUUUCAGUAUGUUAUCAGCAAUGUUUCUAAUACCCAGUUUAAAAUGCAGAUAAACUUUAAAUUUUCAAAGUGAUUGUUACCUUUUAAAUGUUCUGAUUUGAUAACAUUUAUAAUAAGACAACCUACAUUUGAUUUUUGAAUUAAAAAGAAAACAUUCUUAAA